AUGGUAGGUGAGGUAUCUGAGGAUGAGGAAGACAAUGAGGAAGAGGAUGAGGAGAUUCCUCCUGUAGAUUUGGCUAAUGCUCUAUCAGGCUGGGCGGUUGAUUUAGUUUUCACGUCUUCUUCCCAUAUCAACACGCCCAACCAGCGCUAUCGGAUAGAGGACUCUGAGGAGGAGGACUUGCCCAAGCGUAAGCUAGCUAAGGCUCCCUCAGUCCCAACUUUAUCUUCUACGUUGAGGGAGGUGAUAUCAGAUGAAUUCUGCCCACAGGGCACUCCUGAGACGUUCUGCAGCCAGGACAGUCCUGAGACGUUCAACCGCCAGCAAACUCUUGAAUCAUUCAACCCACAGGGAACUCCUGACAUGCUCUGCAGCCAGGACACUCGUGACGCGUUCCGCCAACAGGGGGAGAUGCUCCAAGGCCCACAGGGAACUCCUGCGACAUUCUUUGGCAGGGGAGCUUCUGAGACAUUGAACCACCGCCAUGGAAGUCCGGGGACAUUCUACCCACAGCCCCAGCAAACUCCGGAGACGUUCCAUCGAACUCCUGAGACUCCUGAGACGUUCCAGCGAACUCCUGAGACGUUCCGUCAACAGCCCCAGCAAACUCCGGAGACGUUCCAUCGAACUCCUGAGACUCCUGAGACGUUCCAGCGAACUCCUGAGACGUUCCGUCAGCAGCCCCAGCAAACUCCGGAGACGUUCCAUCGAACUCCUGAGACGUUCCAGCGAACUCCUGAGACGUUCCGUCAGCAGUGGCAGCGAUCUCCUGAGACGUUCCAGCGCCAUCGAACUCCUGAGACGUUCCAGCGACAUCGAACUCCUGAGACGUUCCAGCGCCAUCGAAUUCCUGAGACGUUCCAGCGCCAUCAAACUCCUGAGACGUUCCGUCAACAGCAAACUCCUGAGACGCUCCAGCGCCAGCAAACUCCUGAGACGCUCCAGCGCCAGCAAACUCCCGAGACGUUCAAUCGCCAUCAAACUCCUGAGACGUUCCGUCAACAGCUCCAGCAAACUCCCGAGACGUUCAAUCGCCAUCAAACUCCUGAGACGUUCCGUCAACAGCGCCAAGGACUUCCUGAGACGUUUAACCGCCCCGGAACUCCUGAGAUAUUCCACCGCCAGCACCUCAAUCCCUCAAGCUCUGAUCUGGAUGUACACUCUGCACUGCUCCGGGAGAUCCUUAUCAAGCAAGAGAUAACUAUAGACCUCUUGAGAAACCAACAAUAUAUGCUACAACAGCAGCAUUCAGCUCCUCUACCAGAUCUUCUACCAGUACCACAAACCUUCCCAUUGCCAAUCAAAGAUGCUGCCUCACUACGCUCUCUAGAUGAAGAAAUGAAGAACAAUCCAGACCAGAGAAGACAUUUGGUGCUGACACUAGGGCUGUCCGGAGGUGUAAGCCUGAAGGACACUGUCUGGAGGGCUAUGCGGACACUCUUAAUCAAUGAUCUAGCGUGUUGCGUCAACUGGACGGGCCUCAAUGGCAAGGUGCCAUUCCAGAGUCUGGAAUUAAAGAAUGUUGUCACAGACCGCACGACAUGGUUCCAGUGA